AUGAUAGGUCAGAGGAGUAUUUAUAUGUGGAAGGCUUACUUAUCCAGAGACCAAAUAUCGCAAGUUGAGAGCCUCGACGGUGUCAAGUCCGUGCAGCCCAACCUCCACAAUCUGAACCGUAGAUACGUGGCAGGCCGGUACUACAUCGAUCCUCUUGACCGCGAAAAUCAAGAGCAGUGUGCUGAGACAGGCGCCUCUCUCGCGAAAUUGCUUGGAGAACAUAACUGUGAUCCAUACAAUAGCGUUUCAGAUGGCAAAUUAAGCAAAUGGACAGCCGAUUUGUCCAACGAACAAGUAGACUGGGAGGAAGAUGAUAAUUUGCCAGACUUCACAGAGCUUUUCCAAAAGCUAUUCGCCAUGGAUGUUCCGCUAGUUUGUAUAUCAGGGAACAUCGAGGAAGGUUUUGAAGAACCUGAGGUAGAUGAGUAUCCCCCAUUGAUGGAAGGGCCUGACUUGCCAUUGAUCGUGGUGGGCUCGGUGGAUUCUACGGGGAAUCGGUCCGAGUUUUCAAAAGGUGGACCUCAUGUAACUCUACAUGCAGUUGGUGAUCCCAUCGAGUGCUUGCCAAGAGAUAGCAAGGACCCAGUUGAACGAGCAGGAACAUCAUAUGCCGCGCCACAAGUCGCCGGCGAGAUCGCCAAUCUUCUCUCGUACGAGAAAGUCCCCUUUGAUACCAGCGAUGGGAACCUUGUGAAGAAUGUUAAAACCUACCUUCAGUCGGAUGCAGCCAGUUGGGAGCGUUACCCCGGCAUUCGCGUUCUUUGGAAUGGCGUGCGGGAGGAGAAUAACCCGAGAGAAACCGUUAAGUGCAACGGCCAUGAAACCGAUAGGUACGUUGAGCAGGAAGAAGUCAAGCAUCUGAUCGAAGAUGAAUUCUGCCCUGAGGUCGGUAGUUCGCGUGGUCUUCGCCGACUAGGUUCCGCGCUUUCACGGACAUACAACAUUGAUACACCGAACAAGGCCACACUGUCUGUGAGUCUGGAUCAAGGGCACAGCGUAACUGACUGUGUCAAAUACCUCAUGAUGACUAUGUAUAACUGUUACCGCGUCGACAAUGACCCCUCCGAUUAUAAAGGUGGUGGCCAAACUAUCGUUGGUGACGCUACCUAUGAAGUAUACCCUGGUUCUCUGCGCUCGCCGUCUAGGUAUGGCAAGCAGGCUGGUUGCGACAGCACGUACAAGUUCACCUUCAAUGAGUAUUGGGUAUGGGGCCACGGCUGGGCAAGUUCAGACCAUGGCGAGGCUCUCAAAGAAGAAAUCAAAGGCUGCGCACUACUGCCUGACACAUGGAAAUUCACCUAUGGCAUCGGAGAAGAUGGCCGUGAGUGGACUGCCAGGUUUCGUACCGGGGUUUUUCAGAAAAGCUGUGUUAGUAAUGCAGUUGGAAAGGCAUCGGGCAUUGGCGACUUUGGGUGUGCAGGAUCUGGUUAG